UGAAGAACAAGUGACAGUGUUGCAGAGCUGUGGAGUGACAUUGUUUUGAUGUCAGUUGCGUUUCAAGUCAACAAUUAGCAAUGUUAAGAAAAUGAACCUAUGAUGGUGGAGUUGUGUUAAAUUCGCUGCAUUCUUUUCUCUGCGACAAUGGGUGCGAUAACCAGUCGUCAGAAUGCAGGCGUGGAAGAAGUGGAUAUGGUUAAUCAUCAUGCCUACAGAUAUCCACCUAGAUCAGGAAAUUACUUCGGGACGCAUUUUAUUAUGGGCGGAGAGCGAUUUGAUACUCCACAACCAGAAUCAUACCUGUUUGGAGAGAAUACUGAUUUGAAUUUCUUGGGAUCUCGACCCACACCAUUUCCAUAUCCUCCACCACAACCCAGUGAGCCUACAAAAACUCUCAAAAGUCUUGUGAAUAUCAGGAAAGAAUCUCUAAGAUUUGUCAGGGCUCCUGUUGAUUAUGUCAAACCAAGAAUUGAUAGAGGUGGAGGUGAUGCAGAUGUGGAACUGGGCAAGUCAAUGAAUUUUAACAUUGAAUUUACGUUCGAUUGUGACGUCCGCUGCUCGAUUACUAUCUAUUAUUUGGCUAUGGAGGACUAUUCAACAGUUGGAGCUGUUCGUUACAUACCACGUGAUCCGAAGACAACAAGUGAAACUUUUCGGUAUAAACGCGGGGCUAAUCAACAAUUUUGUCAAAUGUUGCACGUUUUUGAUCCGACUCGUUACAAUGAAGAUGAAUUAUUGUACGAUAUGGAUCGUGAAGUCAUUCCGAUUGCGAUCCAUUGUGUGGCUGAUGAAGGCCCAGAUGAGUAUCGUCAAUCACAUGCAACUUAUGCCAGCGUUGAGAAGAUGUCAGAUGGGACUUAUUCUCUCAAGGCAUUGAAACAGAAGUUGUUUGUUGAUGGUUUGUGCUACCUACUGCAAGAAAUUUAUGGAAUAGAGAAUAAGAAUAAUGACAAAUGUACCGAUGACGAUACAGAUGAUAACGGUUCGGAAUGUGUAAUUUGCAUGUGUGAUGUGCGUGACACUUUAAUUUUACCCUGCAGACAUCUCUGCUUAUGUAAUUCAUGCGCUGAUUCAUUGCGUUAUCAGGCCAACAAUUGUCCGAUUUGCAGAGCGCCUUUCAGAGCUCUUUUGCAGAUCCGUGCAUUACAGAAAACUGGCAAUAUGGCUCUUCCACCAGUUAGUCCACCUGAUGGAAAUUGUGAAAACAUUCCGAUCGGAUACGAAGCUGUCUCUCUUAUUGAGGCAUUAAAUGGUCCAUGUAUCCCACGCGCACCUGCCGCAAUGCCGGAUUUGGUGGAAACACCCGAAAAUGAAUCUGCAAUCCAGGCGGCUAAAAUACUCAACGGCCAACCAACAAAAGGAAAAUCAGUUAAAGAAGACUCAAACGCACCAGAGUUUGGAAUGGCCGUUCUGCUCUCUACUCAUUCUGAGGAAACACCUAGAGAUUCCAAUGAACAAAAAGAAACUAAAAGUUUACUUCUCACCGAUCCAGGUUCAAAUCAACACAAUCGCAAACAUUCCAAGAAUAAGGAUAAAGAGAUUGUUGUUAAGCAUCUCAAUGAAAAAUUGGAUAAAGAAGAAAUUAUGGAUGAGGACAGUGAGGCUGAGAAAUUGUCUCCAUUACUCAACAAUACCUCUCCUCGGCAUGUCGCUUUGAAUAUUGAAGAUGUUGUUGAAUCAAUUGAUGGUGCUGAUACUGAUGACGCUGAUGAUUCGCAACACGAGAUGCAGAAACACUCGAAAAAAGACGGUGAUGAGUCUGACUAUUACACUCCGGAUGAAGUCACACCGGCUGAUGGAAUUUAUGAGCCGAGCGCGCCUGCUAGUUCAGUGGACAGCACUCCUCAGCGUCUGCCUGGAACACCCAUGUCACAUGCAAGCGCACGCAGCUCACAAGACAGCUACACUAGCGGCUCCAGCACCCGACAUCUGCUCUCUGUUGCAAAUAUAAAUGCAAACGCUAACGCGCAGAACAACAUUACCGAAAAGAUCGUGGCGAAUGUUAUCGAAUAAUUAGAAUUUCUCACUUUACUUUUGUAACUUAUUUUAAAAUGUAUUGUUUUGUAUAUUGGCAAUUGGUGGAGGAUGAUGAAUCUGUGUAAGAUCUGUAAGUUUAGCACUGUUUUGUGUAUCAUUCCUUUUGAAACACCCUGUAUUUUAUCCGUUGUUUUUGGAAGGUUUUUAUUAAUGCAUAUAGCGAUUCCUGCAUAUGUUUAUAUUAUAUAAUUAAAUACACUAGGAUUUAUAUAAA